AUGGACGUCGACGGCUGUGUUUUAGCGGCAGGCCGCGCCAUCUUGGACCUGGUUGAGCGGGACUGGCAGCCGCUGUCCACUGUCGAGCUGGACCAGCGACUGGACCAGGCCGUGGAGGACGUGCUGGAAGCGGACCUGAUACACAAAGUCAAACGAACGAGUGAAUCUCCGUCAAGAAAUGACGUCGCUACUGCAUCCUCCAGUACCCCGGAGGAAGUGUCCGAAGAGGUGCGGGAGGACAACGAGGCAGUCAAGUAUGUGACUGCCCGCCUGCGGGACUUCCAAUCCCGAAACCGGUUGACCGGCCGUGCCCGCCUGUCACUCUCUCAGACGGUCCCGCUGUGCCUCACCCUGCUGUCCAGUCGCGUUAGCUACCGUACUUUGUCCCGCCUCUACCGCUUGGAGAAAGGAAACAUCCACCGCAUUUUCUUUUUUUUCUGCAAAUGUGUCAACACGCUGCGCGACGAGCACAUUCGCUGGCCCCGAGGUGACGCGGCAGAGGCUGCCCUCUUCCCUCUCUCCGGAGUGCUGGAACAUGACGAGCGGGCGGUGGAAGGCCGGCACAUCCCUCGGGUGUUGGGAGUGUUGGGGCACACCCGCAUUCCCAUCCGGAUACCUUCAAGUAAAGAUAGUGCAGAGCCAGAAGUGAAAAGGACAAAGAAGACGGAAGAGCGUAACGUGUCUUGGCUCCAUCUUGAAUUGGUGUGCGACCGCAUGGGACGCUUCAUCCACUGCCGCAUCGGGAACACCAGGGAUGCGGACCGAGGUGGGGCGCUUGGAUCUCAACUCAAGCGAGAGUCUCACCCGAUGCCUCCUGAUUCCGUGCUCGUGGCUCGUGCCGGAUACCCGCUCACCGCUUGCAUUUUGACGCCCUACCCGGGACGAGGCGGCACGAGGGAGGAGCGCUUCAACGCCACGCUAGAGCCGCAUUUUCACAUCCUGGACCGGGCCGUCGCGUGCCUGACAGGGCGAUUCCGGAGACUCCGACGACUGGAUGUCGGGAAUUGCAGCCGAGCAAGAGCGGUGGCGUUGAGCGCCUGCAUCCUUCACAACAUGCUAAUGGACGUUGGACACGUGCCACAUGGGGAAGUCGAAGAGGCGGAAGAUUGUAGUCAAGAUGGAGAAGGCCAAGAGGAUGAAGCGGGUGUACACCUGCGGGACUUUAUCACGGAAAUUUUGCAUUCUGGGAAUUUGUGAGAGCCGCUGUCUCGCGACCCUCCUGUGUUUGUUCUGCACGACUCCUGCCAAAACAGUGGAGAACAUCGAAGUGAUAAGGAGACCCCCCGGCGGAUCUGUGUCCAUCCAGUGCAGGCAUUUUCCACAGAACGUGACAAACAUGAAUUUGUUCAAAGGCCUCAAGAAGGAGUUUCGAAUUCUCCACAUGGUGUCCCAAAAAAACACCCCUGAUAAGGAGUUCAGGGGCAGACUCCGGGUGGAGGGAGACUUUCCGAAUGUGGACGUGAUCAUCUGGAACUUGACUUCAGAAGACACGGGGCUGUACUUUUGUGACUACGAGUGGUAUGACGACGCAAUGUCAGAACUAAAGAAGGUAGACGACGAUAGUCCAGUGCUGCUGGUGGUUAAAGACGAGCAGCCGUGUGGCAACCCAAACCAGAAUAUUCUCCUGGUGAUCGUUGUGGUUUCGGCUGCUGUGCUGUUUGGAGUCUUCAUCGCCCUCCUCCUAUGGAUCAUACCCAAGAUCAAAAGAUGGCACGCCAAAUAUAGGCCACGGCACAUAGUCACCAACGAUGUUUACGAGGAGAUGCGCGGAACACUGCGAGCUUAAAGGACAUCCUGUAAAGGCCGGCCAGCAAGCGAUGCAGCAACACCGCAUGUGUUUGCAUGGAUGCAUACCUCUGAACUGAACCAGUCAGAUACACGAAAAAUAACUCGACUGUGCUAUGCAAUUAUUCUGUUUUUAAAGAUGUCAACAUCCAUUAGAAUGUAGUCGCUAAUAAUACAUGUCCAUAUGUGCAAGUCCGAGGUACAAAUUUGACCUUUUCCGCCAUCCAAUCCGAAAAGAAAAAUUGUUCAAAGUAUUUGUUCUGCUGUACAUAAUCCCUCCCGAAAAAAAAAAAAUCAUUUAUGCACAUGAUUUCUUCUGUAAUGUAUGAAAUAAAACAAUAUUCUGUACUUUU